UCUCUCUCUACGAAAACAAAAAAAAGCCCCUCGUUCUCUCUAGGCCCCUCCAUCUCUCUCUCUACCGAAACCCUCUCUUUGCUAAUCGAGCCCCUCUGCAACGCCGAGUUCCCCACCGUUCAAGACAUUUCAGGAUGUCUGGAAGUAAAACAUCUUUUGAGCUAUCUUGGGCACCAAAAGUGAACCUUGUCCCCAAUGGAACUAAAGAAACUCUGGAGAAGUCAAAAUCUGAUAAGGACCUCGUAGAUGGACUAUUUGUUCCACCUAGAGACCCAAAAAAGUUGAAUAAGUUACUGCGAAAACAAGUGAAAGACACUGCUGGUCAAAAGUGGUUUGACAUGCCAGCAGCAGCUAUUACUCCUGAAUUAAAGAAAGAUCUGCAGAUAGUGAAGUUGAGGGCGGCUCUUGAUCCGAAGAGGCAUUACAAGAAAGGCAGCUCUGAAGUGCUUCCCAAGUAUUUUCAGAGUGUUAUUGACUAG